AAAAUAAAAAAAACUUAGAAAGAAAACAAACAAAUAGAAAGACAUAACAUGUGUGUUGGUUACAUGAUGGAAGCGAUGAUGAUUCGUUCCCAUUUCCUACAUUCACCGCUUUCCAUCUUAUCUUCUUAUUCUUCUUCUUCUUCUUCUUCUUCUUCUUCUUCAAGACUUCAACUUUCUUCUUCUUGUUCUGUUUCUUGCUCUUUAAUGGAUACUCAUAAACAAGGCAGAAGCAAAUUUAUGGAAUUUCCAUUCGUUUCAGGACCCCACAAGAACAUCAUGCUUGAUCUCAUUUCAACACUUGAAGAUCGAUUUCAAUCUCAUCUUCUUCCUUGUUCACUUCCCCCUGAUGUUCAACACUACAUCACCAACAGUGGUACUUCUCAAGUUUCAUUGCACAUUAGGCCAGGCAACACUGAUUCCCCUAUGGAUUUUGUAAUGGGAAGCUGGGUGCAUGCUGAGUUACCAACAGGAGGAUCAUUAGAUAUAACAUCUCUUUCAGCUUAUCUUAAUAGUUCAAAUGAUGCACCAAAUUUUGUGUUUGAGCUGAUCCGAAGCAGUCCAACGAUGCUAAUUCUUGUUCUUGAUUUGCCGCCUCGAAAAGACCUUGUUCUUUGGCCGGAUUACCUUAAAACUUUCUAUGAGGACACUAAACUUGAUACACAUAGGCAGGCUUUGGAGAAAGUUAAUGAGGUUCAACCUUAUAUCACUUCUUCGCUUUUCAUCCGCACGGUUGCAUCUCCUACUGCUAUAUUUGUUCGAAUUCAAACCGAAAAUGAUGGAGGAGAGCGGAUGGACGAGAUCAUCAGGAACGAUAUUGAGCCGAUUUCGAAGCAAGUGUUGGGGAUAUGGUUGGAUCAUUGUGCUUGUGCUAAGAGAGAAUUAGGAGAGGAAGAUAGAGCUUAUGUUAGAAAAAGAGAUGGUGUGAUUAGAAACAAGACUAUUGAGGUUGAUCUUGGUACAAGCUUUCCUAGGUUGUUUGGUCCAGAAGCGGCGAACCGGAUACUCGAAGCCAUCAAGGAGUAUUUUACAGUUUGAGAUGAAAGUUUAUUUGGCUUUGUAGAAUAAAAUUUGUAAAUCAUAGUUUGCACUUUGUUCCUUAUCAGUAUCUGUUCCAAUUUUAGCAUUUCAAUGGAUUUCUUAUUUUAGAAACUCCUUACACUGAGAUUCAAAAUCUUCUUUAUUGAUGAUAUUUGGGCUUCAAUCCUUUAUUGUACUCAUUUAAUUGGAAGGAUUCAUUGCAUCCAAGUUUUAAAA